CGUAGGCAGUCGCAUCACUCCAUUGGAACAUAAAUGGACGUCGCGUUAGUAUUUAAGAUUUGCGAUUUUUGUUUAUAUCUUCGUUAAUCAGCACAGGAAACUUUUGUAAUCACUUUUAAAAUCAUUUACACUGCACAAGGAUGUAGUGCGCGUAUAGAAAAUUAAUCGGGAUAGUGUUAUUUGUGUAUUUUUCCGUGUCUUUGCUUCACACUAGUACCAACUUGGAUAAUUGAUUGGUCUAAAGAAGUGAAGAGUAAUUUUUCGCUUUCGUAUGAUGUUUUAAAAUCGUUUUUACUCGUUGAAUUAUGUUUUUAUGAACUUAAGUUGUGUAAAGUAACUGUUAUAGUGUAAGUUUAACUUCGUUAGAUGUUGUACAAGUGCGUUUUUAGUGUGUUUCAACAAAAUGGUUUCGGAGUUGUAGUAAGUUUCAGUUAGCACAGACGGAAGAUGGCCCUCUGUGAAAGCCAGCUCGAUUCAGCACUACCUCAGUUGAAGCGGGAGGAGAACUCCCACGGCAGCAGCGACGAGUGCAAGAGCCCCGACAAGAAGCCCACGAUGGAGCCCAAUGGGGACAUCUAUGGGCUGGACCAAGUGCCUGGAGGUCUACCCCUGAGUGUGGACUACCGAUCCCCGGUCUCCCACUUUGUGCCGCCAGCUGUCGAGUUGUACGCGGCAAGACACAAGCCCGAGCAGAUCAGUCCGCCAGAGCCUUCAGUGGUAACUCCAAUCAAGCGUAAACGGGGCAGACCGAGGGUAGACAAGACCAGUCCAGAAUAUUUGGCCAAUCUGGCCGCGAGAAAGCAGGCCAAAGAGAUGGCGGCCGUGAUGAAUAGUCGCUCGCCAGCAAUCGAAUCCGGGGAGAAACGUAAGCGAGGCCGCCCUAGAGUCGACAAGACCAGUCCUGAAUAUCUGGCCAGGAAGCGGGCUAGGGAGUUGGAAGCAUUGGAGCGGAAGGCGAAACGAGAGUAUAAGCGGCGCGGGACUGCAGCGAAACCGGUAUCGGUAGUGCCCCUCAAAGUGGGGGGUAACCGGGUCAAAAAGUUGCCAACGGCAAAAAAACCGAUCGCGACCCCCAUAAGGAAAGCGCCCCCUAAAUUAGGGGCGAGGAAGGUGGUGGACAAACAAGCUAUGAGCAUUAUCAGGCGAAAUGCUAAAUUUAUAAAAAGGAAAGAUUCGGCUGCGUCGUCCUCGGCUGGCGAGACGACGCCGCGUGUUAAGCGCAAAUACACAAAACGCGCGCCAAGCGCCAAGAAAAAUGACGCGGGAGGAAGCACAGAGCGAGUGAAGGGAAAACGAGGGCGGCCUCGUAAGACGGACCAAAUGACACACAAGCAGGGACAGCAACCUAAGAUUCGUGUCAGAAGUAACCUGAUGCCAGUCAACACGGAACCGAUCACACUCGACAGCGACGACGAGCCCGACUUAGGGUCACCGAGUCAAGCGUCUGACUCGCUAAGUCUGGACGAGAAUCUGCGCGCGUUGCGACAUAUACACGAAAAGUACGCGAAUAUUGACAAGGAUGACUUAUUCGAAGCGCACCUGCUACCCGCAAACUUUAAGAAACCGCUGUCGGAGCAAACGCAGCGGAUUCGCGACGAUGACGAGGUUCUCUCCGUGAGGAGUUCCGAAGGUAACGCAUCAGUGAAAGAGCUUGACACAAGAGUUGAGAAGCUGGAAGACAGCUCCAAUUCGGAUUCCGAUAGCAGCAGUUCUGGAUCUGGCAGUUCCAGCUCUGGCUCUAGUUCAGGCUCCAGUUCCGGCAGUUCCAGCUCUUCGGACAGUUCCGAUUCGUCCGACGACGAGGCGCCCAAGACUGAACCGCCGCCGCAGAACAACACAUCUAUUGAAGACGACCAAUCGUUCGGCGCGUGGUCAUACAGCGGUGGCAACCAGUCGGACGCGUCGGAUUCCGACCCGGAGCGCGCGGGCGACCCGGGUUCGAUGCCCCGCGCGAGCGAGCACGACGAGAUCAGCGAGAGCGACAACGAGUCGGCCGACAAGAGCUUCCAGUGUCACAUAUGUCGGAAGUGGUACUCUACUAGGGUUACCCUUAAAAUCCACAGACGCAUCCAUCAGAACCGCGGUGGCGCGAACUCACGAGCCCGGACGCGCUCGUCCGAGCGCUACGAGUGUGACUGUUGCAGCGAGACCUUCAGCCGCCGCGAGAAGCUCUGGGAGCACAAAGCGGAGGCCCACCGCGGAUCCAUGACGGUUCGCUGCGAAGUGUGCCGCAAGUGUUUCGAAGAUGAUGCAGAAUUAGCGGCGCAUGAUCGAGCGCACACGCCCGAUGAGCGAGCCGGCCGCUGCGCCGACUGCGGCGCAAUGUUCGCGCGCUACGACCAGCUGCGCCGGCACCGCGCGUGCGCGCACGGCGCGUCGUCCGCCAACAGCAAGCUGCCGCACGCGUGCGCGCAGUGCGGGAAGCGCUUCGGCCACGCGCACUCGCUCACGCGCCACCUGCAGAACCACGCGCGCCAGCUCUACCGCUGCGUCGUGUGCAAGGCGUCAUUCGUCCGCGCGGACCAGCUGGCCCAACACCUGAACAGCCACCUCGCGACGUACAAGCGGCUCAAGCCGUAGGGAGCGUGCAAGAGUUUACACACAAUUAUUCAUUAUUAUUAUAUUAUAUUAAUAUAGAGUUUUAUUUAA